CUUGCGACGUCGCAAUAAUGGUCAGGGUGUAUGCAUAAUAGAUAGUGUGGCUAUGCUGGCGUGGAACGCACAGUUGUGUGCUAACUCCACCGUUUGCUAGCGUGCUUGACGCCCAUCGCCUCACCUCAGCGUCGAAAAGCAGACGACAACCUAGACGAAGAGCACAUUGGUGGUGGAGAGCUAAAAAUAAAAAAAAUGACAAAUUACAUAUUGACAGCUGAAUAGUAUAUAGAUGUCAGGAAAUCAUUAAAGGGGAUAAUGACUUGCGUUAAACUCUAUAAAAACACGACAAAAAUCCAACACAACACGAUUCACCCCUUUCUGGUUCGGAAAUGAAGCUACUGCAGAUCCAGACGUCUCGUAUUAUUGAGAUACUCCCUCCAAAUAUCCCGAAAUAUGCUAUAUUAUCACAUACAUGGGAUGUCGUCACAAAACUACCCCCUCCCGCUGCCAUACAAUGGGCGGUGGACGUGCAGUCGAAGAAAUACCUCGCACUACUCCCCAAGAUCAUAGAGGCUAGUCGACUAGCUUUGGAACAGGGCAUAGAUUACCUCUGGACCGAUUGGUUGUGUAUUGACUCCUCGUCAUCGGCAUCCUUAGAAAAGGCAGUCAACGGUGCGCUGUCCUUAUUGCAGCAAUGCGCCCUGUGCAUAGUCCAUUUGGAUGAUCUGGAGAAGGAUAGCUUUGACGAGGAAGGGCUUGCGCAAUGCCGAUAUUGGACCCGUUCUUGGACACUACAGGAGCUUAUUAUCCCGCAAAAUGUGCAAUUCUAUGAUGCCUCAUGGAAGCUUUGUGGCGAAAAGCACGAUGCAGAUGUAUCGACCAUUGUGAGCACCGUGACCGGGAUACCCGUUCCUGUUCUGGUUGAACCCGAUGCGCUCUGGGAUACAGCACUAGCUGUUCGAAUGUCAUGGGCUGCGCGCCGAACUUGCCGCCGCGAAGAAGACAUUGCAUAUUCUCUUCUGGCACUCGCUGGUGUGACGCUGCAAGUUCGUUACGGCGAAGGCUCCGAAGCGACCUUUCUGAGGUUUCAGGAAGAGGUCUUGCGCAAUACACGGGACACCUCUCUUCUAGCUUGGAGAAGCUCUGUUGGCGAUCUCCCACGUGGUCUGCUUGCCCGAUCCCCUUUGGAAUUCCAACACUUUCAAAGCACGCCAGCGAACGAUUCCCGUCCGUGGGAGUUUGAUGGCGCCAUGUGUUUCAAUAGUCGCGGAAUUCAAAUCCAGUCCAAUGUCCAGACUCAGGACACAGUUAUGACUCUGGAUAUUGGACGGGAUGCCUCGGGAAAACGGAUUGGGGUCUACCUCGCCUGCUGGAAUGGCGUCUACGUAAGGAUCUUUUCUGAAAGGGACACGGUUCUUUCCACGCGGGUUCAUAAAAAGAUAUUUUACGGAGCUCGUCAUCUUCGUCCCGCAGCUUCCAUCAAAUUAAGCCAUCUCUUUACGAAUCUCAAGUUGCCCCAUUAUUCAAAUGCAGCCAGUCCAGCAGAAUCAGACGCCCAAGCCGUCGCUUAUAUACUACCUACCCGAUGCAUCGAUAAGGGCGAUUCUGCAAAUCAAGAGACUAUCCCAUUGUCUCUAGAAAAAACUGGAACCAAGAGAAAUUCGCUUGGCUUGCCGAAACAGCCGGGCCACCAGCCGCUAGGUGUUGGGCAAACUGAUACUCUUGGCUUUGUCUUUGACGAUGACGAUGUGGAGGUCGUGAAUGUGAAACAAGAAGAAUCUGAUACAAAUGCGGAUCCCGAUGCAAAUUCAGAUUCCGAUAUCAAAGGCGAAUGGGAGUCCAUCACCGACGACCAAAAAAGGCUGCGAUCGGAUGGUGAUGCGUUGGCCACAGACCAGCACGCACGACGAGUGACGGCUAGCCCGUUAUAA